UACAUGCCGAAUUUUGUAGGUCAAUUUUUAGGUGCAAUAUUUUAAUAAUUCAUUAUUUAGUUAAUUUAGAGUGUUAAUUAAGUUAUAUUUAUGAAUAUUUUUUAUUGUGAUGACUUCUUGUUGCGGUAAUGAAUUGAUUCAUAAUUCGGUGCUGAGUAAUGUAUUGGCUAGUAAUUUAGAGCAAAUUGCAUAUUUAAUCGAUAUUGUGAAUAACAAUUUGCUUAUUGGCGGUGCUCUUAUUGCCAUUUCGACGAUAUUAGUCGGUUGUUAUUUUACUUCUGCGCGGAGAUCGCGCAGUUAAGUUAUCGCAGUUCGAUAGCAAAAAGUAAAAGUAAAUAUCAUCAUUAUAGUGUAUUUUCUGGAGUUCCCGAAUAUCCAGGGCGAGUGCGGUCGCUAAAGUCUCAGCGGGAGCCGAGGCGGGUCCUCCGGGCCCAGCGGCCGAGGACGCCGCCAUGAAAGGCGUCGAAGCCACUCCCGAGGAGCAGGAACGGUUGGCCACCGGCAACAACAAUGGCUCCCUCGACUGCAAGAUGCCGGCGAACCAGCUCAUCGACCCCAGCUGCUUCCAUUCGACGCGAAUGUUCAUGGUCGUGUUCCUCUCGGGCUGGGUCCUGCAGGGCAUGUUCCUCACUUACUUCGUCAGCGUGACGACGACAAUCGAGAAGUUGUUCAAGAUCGACUCGAAGACGACGGGGCUGCUGCUGGCGGCGACGGAGAUCGGGCAGAUAUGCACGGCGCUGAUCCUGACGUACCUGGCGGGGCGCGGGCACCGGCCGCGCUGGAUCGCCAGCAUGAUGCUGGUGCUGGCCGCGGGCGUGAUAGGCUGCAUCGUCCCGCACCUGCUGUACGGCACGCGCCUGCUGGACGUGCACCUGGACUCGCACCGCGGCGGGGAGGCGCCCACGUGUCUGCCCGACGACUCCAACGGCACCUACUGCAGCAUGAUGCAGCUCAACAGCACCAGGGAACGCAACGAGAUCACCAUGGUCGUCAUCCCCUGGCUGUUCAUCUGCCUGCUGGUGGUGGGCGUGGGCCAGACCGGCAUCGCCACGCUCGGCAUCCCCUACGUGGACGACAACGUCGGCAGCCGCCAGUCGCCGCUCUACAUGGCGAUUACGAUCGGCAUCCGAGUGAUCGGCCCAGCGCUGGGCUUCAUGCUGGGAGCCUUCAGCACUGGAGUAUACGUGAACCCUCUGUUGGACCCUGGAUACUCCUCGGACAACCCUAAGUGGGUCGGCGCGUGGUGGCUUGGCAUGGUAUUCAUCGCGGUCUUCGUGGUGUUGCUGGCGGGUCUGAUGUUCUGCUUCCCGCGGCAGAUCAAGCAGGAGCCGCUGCCUCCGCCGCCCAAGAAGACCGUGGAAGUUAAAGGAGAUCCUUUUCUCAAAGGCUUCGCGAACUCCAUCAAGCGGCAGCUCACCAACGACAUCCUGAUGUACCGGACCGCCAGUUCAGUGCUCCACCUUAUGCCCAUUAGUGGGGUCUACAGCUUCUUACCGAAGUACAUGGAGACGCAGUUCCGUCUGUCGACACACGACGCCAACCUUAUCUCGGGCACGGCCGGCAUUCUGGUGAUGGGAAUGGGCAUCGUCACGUCGGGGGUAAUCAUCCUGCGGACGGUGCCUACUGCGCGGACCGUCGCCGCUUGGACCGCCGGCACGGCUGCUAUCUACAGUAUUGGCAUGGUGAUCCUGAUGUUCGUGAGCUGUCCGCAAGAGAACUACCGCAUGCUGAUGCCCGCGGAAGCCAACCUGAGCAUGGAAUGCAGUUCCCAGUGCUACUGCGACAGGUUCUCCUUCAGCCCUGUUUGUGGGCAGGACGCGCUGACGUACAUUUCGCCGUGCCAGGCGGGCUGUACGGGCGCGCGGCAGCUCGGCAACAACACGUGGCUGUACAGCAACUGCUCCUGCGUCAUGCCCGCCGCCGAAACGCUGCUCCCAUUCGAGCGUUUCCAACUAACCAACCUGACAGCAGAGGAAGACGGUGGCUACGCCAUAAGCGGCGAGUGCGGCGGGCGCUGCGACCAGAUCUACGUGUUCGUGGCCAUUUUUGCUACGAUUAUGUUCAUACACGCCAGCGGCGAGGUCGGCGGCGUGCUGCUCAAUAUACGCUGCACGCAUAAGUUUGACAAAGCAAUGGCGAUGGGCGUGAUCCAGUUCGCGAUCGGCACGUUCGGCAACGUGCCGUGCCCGAUCGUGUUCGGCGCCGUCAUCGACGCCGCCUGCCGCCUGCGCGACUCCGCCUGCAACAUCACCGGCGCCUGCGUCGCUUAUGACAGCGAUAGCUUCCGACACUUCUACUUAGGUCUGUCAGCAGGGUUGAUGUUCCUGGCGUUCUUAAUGGACCUCAUGGUGUUCCGGCGCGCCGGCCGCAUCGACAUGAACCCAGCUGAUGCGCCCGCGCCGCCCGCGCUUUUGCCCGCGCCUACUGACACGCAGCUAUGACAAUACGAGUCCAACUUGUAAACUACCCGCCAUCUUAAACUGGCGGGGAUGAGCUAUGCCAUGAGCUAGAAAGAACUACUCCACUUCCGUAAGAAAUCAAAGCAAAACCUCAACUAUGUACUUCUGAACUAUGAGACAGUUGUCGCUUUUAAACGGGCUGGCAAGUAUGGAUGAGCUAUGCCAUGAGCUAGAAAGAACUACUCCACUUCCGUAAGAAAUCAAAGCAAAACCUCAACUAUGUACUUCUGAACUAUGAGACAGUUGUCGCUUUUUAAACAGGCUGGGAAGUAUGGAUGAGCUAUGCCACGAGCUACACCGAAACCUCAACGACUUCUGAACUAACGGUCAGUUAACACUACUUAAAACCGAAGAACUACGAAUGAGCUGUGCCUCGAGCUAGAACGAGUUAUGCCACAUUACCACCAUAAUCUCACGACUUCUGAACUACAGUCAGCCAUUACUACCUAAAACAGAAGAACUAUCCCACGAGCUAGAAAGAGCUACAAGCUAGAAUGAACUAUCGGACAGCUAUCACUACUUAAAACAGGAGAACUAUGCCACGAGCUAGAAAGAACUACACCACUACUGUAAGUCCGAAAUCUCGACGACUUCUGAACUACAGUCAGCCAACACUACUUAUAACAGGAGAACUAUCCCACGAGCUAGAAAGAGCUACGACACUUCUGUUAGACCUAAAUCUCAAUGGCUUUUAAACUAUCGGUCAGUUAUCACUACUUAAACGAGGAGAAUUAUGGAUAAGCUAUGCCGCGAGCUAGAAUGAACUACGCCGUAAGACCAAAAUCUCGACGACUUCUGAAUUAUCGGUCAGCAUUCACUACUUAAAACAGGAGAACAAUGGAUAAGCUAUGCCACGAGCUAGAAUGAGUUAUGCAACACCUAUAAGACCAAAAUCUCAACGACUUGAAAUAUUGGUCAGCUCUAGUGAGCUCAAACAGGCGGAGAAAUAUCGACGAGUGUGCCAAGAGCUAAAAUGAACUGUCCACUAAAGUUUUAAUAAGGUCGCCAGUUUUUACACCUUUUACGAAUUAUGCAACGGAGGUCUGCCAUUUCUGUGUGACGUCUGAUUAACAGAAAUUGGACAGGCACAUCACAUCGAUGGCAUAGAAAGAGCUAUGCAACGCCACGCUGCGCUAUACUAAGAAACUGGGACAAGGUAUGUCACUUAGAUCAGAACAACUUAUCUAAUGUAAUGAAUGACUGAUCAGCCUUAUAACUUUUUAAUGGAGUCACAUACAUCACUCUGAUAUAAGAUCAACUUCUGAACAUUUCAAUUCUAGACUAGAGAGUUAACGGAACUAUCGUUUAGAACCAAACUUCUAUCUAGUAGAGGUCAAAUGUUUUGUGUCGAAAUGACUCGAUAUACGUUUUUGGUGUGGCCAAGUUUAAUAAAUCAAUGAAAAACGUUUUAUAGGGUUGUGCAAUAUGGCUCUAGAUUACGAAUACAAUCAUUAUUGGUCAUUUUACACAGUUAGUUUAAUCGGGCCGGGCGCCAAUCUACGGUAAUUUUUUAUACUAAUUAAUAUUCGAUUUUUGAUCUACUAAUGCGUAAGUUUCGCGAAUUGUUUAGGUACAAAUUGUAGCUCGAUUAGAAGUUAAAAGUAACUAAAAAAAUUAAUAUAAUAUUUAUAAGGUUUUCUACAUACCGUAUCAAUGUUUAAUCAUCUUAUUCUUCUUCUUUAUCUUAUUUAAAAAUUGAUUAAUGUUGAAACUAAUUUAAAAUGUAAAUUUAUCUCAAAACAUCACACUAAAAUAGUAAAUACAAAUCAAUAUGAAUGUGCAGCUAUAUACCAGUAUCAGUUUACAUCUUUUCUUUUAUUGAUUUUAUAUAGGUACUCCAUUUUUUAUCGUUAUCACGCAUUUUACUAAGCUAGUUAUACUUUGACGUAUACAUGCUCAAUAUUAUCGUUAAACUUUUUACUAGCUAAGCUCAAGUAAUGGCAAAAAUAUUGAAUUAAGGUACCGAAAUGCGAACUAUUUUUUAAAGAACUCAUAGCAAAAAAAUAUUUUAACUAAACUUGGUAUUUUACGUAACAUCACACAUUGCUCCGUUAAAAUUAACAUAAAUGACUGACCUUUCAACUUGGUGUAAACUAUGUUAAAAUUGCCAUGCAUCGAUAUAAUUUUGCUGUUGUAGAAUUAGUUUUUUUUACUGGUAAAUAUUUAAUCUAAUAAUUCUCGCGCCAGAGCCGAGAAUAUCUCAGGGAAAACGGGGAAAAAAUAAAACAUAACAUUUUUAUCUAUUUUAUUAAAAUGCUGUCAAUAAUAAAUUAUUGUUUUAGCAUGGUUUACGCAAAGUUAACUUUUUUAAAUAUCAUAAACUUAAUGGCUAGUGAUUAGACAUUUAUUUUAGAGUAGAAAGUUUUUUUUUUACAAAUUAUUAUCAAUACUGAAUCAUGUAAAUAUAUUAGAUGAAUGAAAUGUAUAAUCAUAGCCUAAUUAGAUGUAAGCUUAAUUUUAUGAAUUGUUUACUUUAUAGACGAAUUCUUUAUAAACAAAAAUAUUAUAAACUCCUUCGAGCUAUGGUCGUGGAUAAGGCCGUGUAAACCAAACAUUUUCAGUUUUUAACGUUUUGAUUCAAUAUUCCCAUACAAGAUUUUUACUUUCAUAUAUCCCGCCGGAAAUAAGGUAAUUUUAUAUUAGUACAAUAGGCCAUAGCUCAGUAGACGAAAAAGUUAAAAGGCUGGGUCGCGUGUAAAUGUUUAGUAAAAUAGGUAUAUCGAUAGCAAAUCGACUAAAUAUAAGUUGACAAUGAAAUAUUAUUGUCGAUGCAAAUUACCUCGAAAAAUUUUCAUUUUUUGCAACUUCUCUGUGAUCAGGGCAUAAUUUUGUGUAAUAAAUCAUUUUACUAUAAAAUAUUUUACAUCAACUUAAGCCACAUUAUAUUUUGCUUAAUAAAGACUAGGAAUUGAAACUUGCAUGUGCAAUACAUAGAUUUGAAUAUACGUAUAAAUAAUUAUUCCAAACCGUAGAUUUAAAUAGGUAAUAAUGUAGGUUUUUUAAAGUUUUUAAUGAGAUAUUGCUGCCUAAUUUUUAUAAUGGCAUUGUACAAUUUCAGUGUUUUUUAUCAUGUUGAGCUAAUAAACUAUGUAAUGAAUUUGGACCAUUAGUAGUGGUUUUAAUGUAGGUAGAACAUUAUGCAAACGUUAUUAACUUUGGAGGUCAGUAUCAGCAAGUUGCCAUAACAUUAGUUAUUUGCUACCAUCAUAGAGACAUUGUGAAUUUGGGUAAAAAUUGUGCUCGUUAACUUUAGAAAUAAAGCUAUAAUACAAAACCGAAUAUAGGGUUUAAUACAUAAAAAAUAUAGGUGGUUAAAACGAUGUGACAAUGAGGAAGACUUUAAUGUUACUCAUAAUUUGUGUUGUCUUUAGACAUACAGUUCUGUUAUAAAAUGAAAUACGUAUAAAACCAGAUAUUCCUUCACUAUCAAACUCCACUGCCAAGGAAUGGUUUGUGUAAAACAUACGUGAGCAACAACGAAAACAAGUAAUUACUUAGAUAUUUAAUGAUAUUUCACAAUUCCUAGACUCUUAACAGUGCAUUAUUUCGUGCAAUGACUUUUAUAAUUAAAUAUCUUUUAUUGUUAAAAUGAAAUUGUAUUUGUUGCCCUAUUGCACUAACAUAGCAUAAUACUUAUUUACAUAAUAUAAGCUUUGACAUCAAAUUCGAAUAAAUCAAGACAAAUGAGUAUAAUUUGUUCUUGAAAUUAUUAUAUUAUGUGGCAUUAUAUUAAUGUAUAUCUUAUAAUAUUUACGAGUAUAUAAUUAUAUUGACGUAUGCAGUCUUUAUAUUGUCCUUGUCCGAGUGGUAGGUAAAUUUUGUUGAUUGUUACUAUUAUAUUAACUAAGCGAAUGUAUUUAGGGAUUAAACAGUAGUUUUUUACCCAAAAACAGAGAUGGGUUUUUUGAUGAUUAGUUUUAAAAAAUAAUAGUGAACACAAUUUUACUAGUCUACGUUAUUAGUUGUAGUAAACCAUACCUCUGUUUUUAGAAUUAAAACCUACUACCAUUAAACGAUGGAUUUUAAUAUAUUAUUUUUAAUUCUGAUAUACACACUUGGUUGAAACUUAGAGUAAAUUAUUCUGAGUAUUCUAGUGAUUGUACUGUUUGUUUCUGGUUGUAUUUUCACAUAAAUAUACGUUACGAUAAUUUUAUACAAGUACAUAAGUUGUUUUCUUGAGCAUUGUUAAAUUUAUUUGUAUACGUUUGACAUUGUUGUAUCGUACGUAUUAUGUUUGUGAAUAUAUACACUAUUUUUAACUUUCCGAACUAUCGCAUAGCUAUUGAAAAGCACCGCGUAUGACUGAAAAGAUUGUGAGGAAAGUUGAAUAUUUGCUUAUAAAAUGAACGUUUGUGUUAUCCAUUACUUAGUUAUGUAAUAAUUUAAUUUCGAGUACAAUCAGCUAGGAAACUGCGAAAUGCAUCCUGUUUAUUUGGUUAUUUAUGUAUUUAUCGCAUGUAUAAAUUGUGUCUUAAUGAAGAUUAUUGACUUUAUUAUACGCAUGAAAACAGUUUAUACCAAAACGCACAAAUAUGUAGAGAAAUUAUAUAAAACAAGUAAUUUAAUGUAAUUGUAAAUUGUAAUAGAUUAGGUGGACUUAGAUAAAUAAUAUCUAUAGAUGAGGUUAACUAAAAUGCUGAUCUAAAUGUCCGUCUGUAUGGUGUUAUUACAAAGUACGGAAUCAGUACUAUUGAUAAUUAACUUAGCAAUUACAUAAGUAAGUACAGUAUAGAUUGUUAUAGUGACGUCGGUCACAUAUUUUUUAAUUAUUUGUAAAUAAAACGAUAUUGAUGUA